GAGGGGGACUCAGAGAAUGGGAGGCUGACUGGGGUUUCCAACGGCUGGGUUGCUGGUUGUACUGGUGCAGGUUUUGGUUGUGGCUCUCUGGUCAGUUUUCUCUCUCUCUCUCUUUCUCUCUCUCUCUCUCUGCAGGCGUGAAGGCAUGUUGAUAAUCGGCUCAGUAAUGAGGAAAAGGUACUGAAUGGCACCGAAUAUCUGACCCCAAUUCCCGGGAGAAAAAAGAGAGGCAAAGGCAGGGGAGAAAAAAAGAGGAAAGGAGAAGGCCAUGUGAAAAAAGGAGGUGGAGGGGAGGUGAGAUUUAGUGCUCUGCUGGAUGAAACAACCCCCCACAAACUGACGGAGAGGGAAAGUAGUCUAAUAGGAAGAAAAGAGGGGGAGUUAUAGCUCAUUAAACCCCUAGAAGACAUGCUGCAAGCUUUUUUCAUUUCCUACAAAGAACCCAGAAAAGAUCAUCUGUGAAGUUUAGACAGUCGAGCAACCGAGAAAAAGGAGAACCAAACCACAAACGGCAACAAUGUCUCGAACUGAAGAGAUCAACAAGAUGACAGAAAAUGUCUACAAGGGCAUCCUGGACCAGUUCAACCCCAGUCUGAAGAACUUUGUCACCAUGGGAAAACACUAUGAGAAAGCUCUGACAGGAGUGACGGUGGCUGCAAAAGGCUACUUUGAUGCUCUAGUGAAGCUCGGGGAGCUGGCCAGUGACAGCCAGGGCUCCAAGGAGCUGGGGGACACGCUGUUUCAGAUGGCCGAGGUUCACAGGCAGAUUCAGGUGCAGCUGGAGGACGUGCUGAAACUGUUUCACUCUGAGAUGCUUGCCCAGCUGGAGCAGAAGCUGGAGUUGGACAUUAAAUACCUCACAGCCACUCUAAAGAAGUACCAGAGUGAGCGAAGGUCUCAGUCGGAGUCGAUCGAGCGCUGUCAGUCCCAGCUGAAGAAACUCCGCAGGAAGAGCCAGGGCAGCCGUCACCCAAACAAAUAUGGAGACAGAGAGAUGCAGUUUGUGGAGCUGAUGAGUCGUCGACAAGGCGAGCUGGACGCGCUGGUGGCGACAGGCUACAAGUCUGCACUUACAGAGGAGAGAAGAAGAUACUGCUUCCUGGUGGACAGACAGUGCUGCGUCACCAAGCUGCUCAUUAACUACCACUCCAAGGUGAGAGAGCUUCUGUCGCAGAAACUGUCGUCCUGGCAACAGUCAUGUUCUCAGCCCACGAAGCUCCCGGAGCGGGCCCUCAACCUGCUGCGUCACACCGCGCCGCAAACCCCAGGGGCUGCUGGGAUAGCUGAGGUCCUCCGUCACACCAAGCUGGGUACCGCUCAACCAGAGCAGCGAGUUUCCGUCCAGGAGGUUCCUCCUCUGCUGAAUGGAGACUCAAGCCGCUCCCAGCAGCCGCAGCAGCAACAGCAGCAGCAGCAGCAGCAGCAACAGCAGCAGCAGCAGCAGCAGCAGCAGCAGCAGCGAUCGCUCCCUUCUUCCUCCUCCUCCCACAGCGACUCUGGUCCUCCUCAGGGCUCCCCUCACGCUUUCCGCACUGCCUCUUCCACCGCUGCAGCUGCUCCUGCUCCUGGGUCUUCUCGGGGAGCUUCUCCUCAGCACACCAGCACCCCCCUAAGCACCUCAGUGAGCCCCCUCUCCGAUGGCGGCCCAUCAGCAUCUGACACUGCCACCUCUCUCCUCCUGGCCUCCAACACGUCCAACCUGUCCCCAAGCCUCAUCCCUUCCACAGUGAUGUCCCUCAGUCAAAUCUCUCAGAGCAGCAGCUCCUCUCAGGGCAUGACCCUCCCCAUCCUGCACAGCGCCCCCCACAGUCCACCGCUGUCCCACAGCGCUCCUCUCUCCAGGGCUUUGACCCCGGUACAGCUGCUGCACCAGCAGGUCGGACCCGGCGGGAGCCACACGCUGUCUCAGUCACACAACCCCUGGCUGCUGAAAUCUGGGGACGUUUCUGCUACCGCAACACUGCCUCUGCCAAGGAGACCAGUCAGUGAAAUGAGGCUGGGUGGCUUUCAGGGCUCCAGUCUUCCCAGAGUGCUUCCGUUAUCUGGAGUGACCCAUGUGGAGGCCUUGUUCGCUCACACACCUGGAGCGUUGGACGGUGCUGGAGGAAGUUUAGGAGGCGGGGCUUGCUUACUUCACUUCCUGCCCGGGGAUAACAUCACCCUCCUCAUCUCUGAGCCCAGAGAUGGGUGGCACUACGGUCAAAACGAACGCACCGGACGGAAAGGCUGGUUCCCUUUCUCCUACACCCAACCGCAGCACAGCAGAAGGGAUCACCGUGAGGGCUCUCUCUUGCUAUCGAAGGCUAACAGCACCAGCACCGGACAACUUGACAAGCUGGUGUCUGCAGGUCUCCCUGCCCUCACCCCCGAGUCUGAGGAGGAGCGCUCCCUCCCUCCUCAGAGGGUCAGCACCUUCCGUCCGCGCCCCUACAGCAUGGCCGACAGCAACAAGAUCACAUCAGACUUAAGAGCUUCACCACCAUCACCCACCAGGUCCAAUCCCUUUGCUCACGUCCGCCUCAGAAAAACGGUCACCAACGAUCGCUCGGCUCCCAUAAUCGAGUGACGUUGCUGUUCAUCUGUUCAUCGAGCCUCAGGUUCAGUCCUGGAAGCUGCACACUGUGCUUGCAAACUGUGAUUAACUUUUGUCUUUUUUUUUUCUCAGUUGAAUCAUGUAAAAU